AUGCCUAGGCUCGCACAUAGAGAGCAGCUCUCCUCCCAGUGGACAUUUAAACAGACGGAUGACCCGGACGAGGCUUGGCUGCCUGUAGCCCGCGUGCCGACUGUCUCGCACAUUGAUUUAAUUGACAAUGGCCGCAUCGCAGAUCCAUUCGUCGACAUGAACGAGCUAGACGUGGAAUGGGUCGGUGAGAAAUCAUGGACGUAUCGCACCUUUUUCUCCAGCCCUGAGCUGCUCGCCGGCGAGUCCGUCUAUCUCCUGUUCGGCGGUCUCGACACGUUCGCGACCGUCAAAUUGAACGAUAAGGUCAUUCUCACGAGCGACAACAUGUUCCUCGCCCAUAGGGUGGAAGUCACGUCACUGCUUGCUCCAGAAAAUAACACGCUCGUCAUUGACUUCGACAGCGCCCUGCUUCGUGGGCGGGAGAUCGAGAAGCAGCACGAGGAGCAUCGCUACCUUGCGCACAACGGGGAGUCGGGGCGUCUAGGGGUGCGAAAAGCGCAGUAUCACUGGGGAUGGGACUGGGGUCCUGUUUUGAUGACUGCUGGACCGUGGAGGCCCGUCUCUCUGGAGGUGUCCAGCGCCUCCAUCCAAGAUGUCUUAACCAAAUAUGAUGUCCAAGAAGAUCUGAGCUCUGUGUCCGGAACAGUCAAUGUAGAGUUUGAUGGGUCAAUCGACGAAGUUCGCGUCUCGAUAUCUCACCAAGGAGCUGCAGUAGUCGCUACAUCAAUCAUCCCGACAGAUUCUACUGCAAGCCUUGCCUUUGAAAUUCCCGCGUCAGCUGCACCUAAAUUAUGGUACCCCAGGGGAUGUGGAGACCAAGCAAUCUACGACGUAGAAGUAGAGAUUAUCAAAGACCAAGUCACUGUCGACCGGUCGUUGAAAAAGACUGGCUUCCGUCAGGCAGAGCUUGUUCAAAACGACGACAAGCAUGGCGAAUCAUUCUACUUCCGGGUCAAUAAUGUUGAUGUCUUUGCUGGCGGCUCUUGUUGGAUUCCAGCAGACAACUUCCUCCCAAGAAUCACGCCAGAGCGCUACAGGAAUUGGGUCAAGUUGAUGGCGGAAGGAAACCAAGUGAUGGUGCGAGUAUGGGGAGGCGGUGUCUACGAGGACGAUUCGUUCUACGAUGCCUGUGACGAGUUUGGCGUCCUUGUCUGGCAAGACUUCUUGUUCGCGUGCGGCAGCUACCCAGCAUGGGAGUCACUCCGCGAGUCCGUCGACAAGGAGGCGAGGCAGAAUCUCAAACGGCUCCGCCAUCACCCCUCCAUCAUAGUGUACUGCGGCAACAACGAGGAUUACCAGACGCAAGAGUACUACAAGCUGGACUAUGUUUGGGAAAACAAAGACCCAGAGUCAUGGCUCAAGGGCACAUUCCCCGCUCGCUACUACUACGAGCAUCUCCUACCCAGAGCCGUGGCUGAAGAAAACCCCGGCGUCAUUUAUUGGCCCAGCUCGCCCUUCUCUUCCAAGGGCAGGGAGGCCAAUGACAAGAAGGCGGGUGAUAUCCAUCAAUGGAAUUUACGAUCCUUUGAUGUCUCGAUCACAAGCUCACCUAGCAUGGAAGUUUGGCACGGCUAUCAGGAGAAAUACCAGUGCUUUGACAAGAACGGCGGCCGUUUUGUCAGCGAGUUUGGCCUCGAGGCAUUCCCUCAUCUCUCUACCCUCCAGUCUGUCAUCACCAACCCUGCCGAACGCCACCCAAGCUCGCGUACAAUGGACUUCCACAACAAGGCCCACGGGCACGAGAGACGCAUCGCCACGUACAUUGUCGAGAACUUCCGCCCCGCGACCGACCUCAAGGGCCACAUCUACCUGUCCCAGUUGAUGCAGAGCGAGGCUCUCCACUUUGCGUAUCGAGGAUGGCGGCGGCAGUGGGGAGACGAGAGGUUGUGCGGUGGCGCUUUGGUGUGGCAGACGAAUGAUUGCUGGCCCACGACGUCGUGGGCCAUUGUUGACUACUAUCUGAAGAAGAAGCCUGGGUUUUACGCCAUCGCUCAGCAGAUGCGGCCAGUCAAUGUCUGUGUCCAACGCGAGCAUCACGACUGGAGUGUUGGCCACGCGCGGCCGGCGAAAAGGUCUCCGUUCGACGUAUGGGUGGCAAGCAGCUUGCGCGAUGAGGUUGUCGGCGAUGUUGAGAUUCGGUUCAUCUCAAUCCAGAGCGGAAAGGAGAUCAAAGAUAGCAUUCGCAAGUCCGGCGUGGUGAUUGUUCCCAACGGGACCACGGAGGUUCACUCCGGAGAAACAGACAACGAAAAGGAGGAGCCUCACGUUAUCGCAGUUCGUCUCUUUAUAGACGACAAGGUGGUUGCAAGAGAGGUGGAUUGGCCCCAGCCAUUCAAGUAUUUGACGUUCCCUGAUCGAGGCGUUACGGUUCAAGCUUCGGAAGGCUCCUACAUCGUCUCGGCCCAGCGUCCCACCAAAGGUCUGGUGUUUGAUGAGGUCGACGGAAUUACACUGAGUGAUAAUGCCAUUGACGUCGUUCCGGGUGAUACUCAGGUCAUCUCCAUCACUGGUGCAUCGAGUGCCAAUGCUGCUCCUGCGUAUCAAUACUUGGGGCAGGAGGAGAACCUCAAGCAAGUCGGGGCUCACCAUCUUUAA